UAUCAUCGACGGUGAAGGCAAGCAUUCAUCGAAGGGGCGAGCCACACUAGUCACUACAUACAGAGUAUGUAAUAUAUGUAAUGUGAUACACGUAAAGCGGUCUGAUAUCCGAGAGCUCUGCUUGCUAUCAAUUGUACAUAUAUGUACAUUAAUGCUGUUAUCUCUGCGUCCCAUACAAUUAAAUAUUUACAUUGUAUUAAAAUCAUGGACCUUGAUACAUACACAUAUGUACGUAACCAUACAAUAUAACAAGUGGACGAAGCGAGUGCGAAACGCAUGAUCGGGGUACGAUUGUGCCGAAUGCAGACAAACACCGGUGUGAACAGUUGGUUUCCCGGUUUCUCCCUGUGGACAGUGGACAAACUAUUGAACGCUAUUAAUCAAUGGAGAAAUACAAGUGUAUUUGAACGGAGCAAAAUAGUUAUAGGAAAAGGGAAAGAGAAGAAAAUAAAACAGAUGAAAAUGCAAAAUUCUGUACUUCUUAUGUUAGGCAAUUUUAUACGUCCAUACACAACUACGAAUGCGUUUGGUAGAAAACUCUUUCAAAGAUAUUAUGUGCAACAAAUUCUCCAUAAACAUUCGGAAAUAGAUACACACCCUUACAAACAAAUACAUCCCUGGAGAUCGUUAACUGAAUUUUCAAACGAUCUAGUUCGUAAUGUUAUUUAUAACAAUGAUGGAUUAGUGGCCCUGAAUAAACCUUAUGGCAUACCUCAUACGAGAACGGAAGUGAAAAGAGCUAAACAUUUCAUACCAAAUGCUGUAGAAUAUACAUUACACGAUGCUUUACCAUACAUUGCCGAGAAAUUAAAUUAUCCUAAGCUAAUUGUAGUCAGAAAACCAGAGAAAUACAUGACCGGUGUCACACUUUUAGCUGCAAAUCCACAAGUCGAGAGUAAGAUAGAACUUUCUUUACGCCGUGGUAAUAACUUUACAAAAAAUUAUUGGGCAGUUACGACCAGCUUACCAAAUCGAUUAAUGGGGAAAGAAAGAUUGGCACUGAAAUCGGUUUCGAAUCCACAGAAUAAUAAUAAAAAGCCGGUACUAAUUACAUCAUGGUCAAACAAUUCGCAUAAAAGAGGAGAUAUUAAAAUUCUCAAUUUUGACUUCAAAGUUUUGACCUCUUCUACAUCUAACUCAUGCUCCUUGCUUCAAAUAAGAGCAUCCUCUAAUAAACAACACGCGAUUAGACUCUUCGCAGCAACAUUUCUAUAUGCUCCAAUUUUAGGAGAUAACGUAUAUGGAUCACGCAUCCAGCAGAUUGGAAAUGUUUAUGUUCGAGUCAACCCUUUUCUAGAGCGCGCCGAUUCGCCACCAGUGUUGGACAAAACCAUCUGCAGGUUGUUGGCUGUGCAAUCAGACCAAGAGCAUAUCGUUCCUAGUCAUAUUCAUUUACAGUCCAUAAAUUUAAUAUCCUACAACAAGAAUGAAGAUUUAAAGAUCGAUGCCCCAUUAAUACCGCCAUUAGAUUGGACGUGCAAUCAGCUCGGAUUGAAAUAUUCGCUAAAGAAUGAAUAGAAUUCUUCUUCAUGAAUAAAACAAGAUUGUCAUUUCUAUGAA